AUGCAUGCAUCAGAGAAUCAAGCGCAUAGAGAGAGCCCAGAAGAGGGGACAUUUACUGGCCAGGGUCCAUCUUUUGAGGAACGCACCCUCCCGUUGCCGCCGGGAGUACGAGACCCUCAGGGACACAACCCGCGCAUGACCAUGUUGUCGCCUUCUUCCUGUGCAUCUCUCUCUCUCUCAACCCUCCCGGGCCAAGCAGGUCGGACACGACAUCCAUCCCUUCGUCUUUCCCAUCCACUCCGACUUCUUUUGACAUCUGACCAUCUCUCUCCGACACGCUUUACACGCACAUCGACGCUGCCUCUCGCUCUCAAAGCUGAUCGGCGCCCUCCACGUCCUCGUCAGCCCAUCGCGACCACACCCCCUCCCUACGCGACCUCGACCACCACCACCACCACCCUUGACACCAUGAGCGCCCCCGCUCCCCCCGUCUUCAAAAUCGCCCCGGGCAUCCAGUCCUAUGACUGGGGUAAGAAGGGCUCCUCCUCCCUCGCCGCCCAGCUUGCCGAGGAGAGCGUACCCGACUUCCAGGUCGACGAGAACAAGCCCUACGCUGAGCUCUGGAUGGGAACACACCCCAACUGCCCGUCGCGAACCGGCUCGGGGCUGCUGAGCGAGUACCUCGCGGCGCACCCCGAGCUCAUCGGCGACGCGGUGCUCAAGCGUUUCCCCGACGCGCGUAACGGCGACCUCCCCUUCCUGUUCAAGGUACUCUCUAUCGCGACGGCGCUCUCGAUUCAGGCGCACCCCGACAAGAAGCUCGCUGAGCAGCUGCACAAGUCGAAGAGCGAUAUCUACAAGGAUGGCAACCAUAAGCCCGAGAUGGCCAUCGCACUCACGCCCUUCCGCGCUUUCCUCAACUUUGUUCCCCCGGCCGUGCUCGUGCGCAACCUGCUCGCCGUUCCGGAACUCGCCGCCAUUGUCCCCUCUUCCGCCGUCUCCUCUCUCGCCAAGGCCGCUGGCCUGUCGGACUCACCAUCACUUUCCGACGCGCAGAAGCUGGAGGAGAAGACGGCCGGCGAUGAGGAGAAGAGGGCGCUGAAGGAGGUGUUCAGUGCGCUGAUGAGCGCAAACGAGGACGACUUCAAGCCCCAGCUCGAGAAGCUCGUCAAGCGAUACAAGGCCGGGGACCUGAAGGACGGAGAGAGCAAGGAGAUCGCGGACCUCGCCGUCGAGCUCGAGGGACAGUACCCGGGCGACAUUGGCGUGUUCUGCGUUUUCAUCCUCAACGUCGUCGACCUGCAGCCGGGAGAGGCGGCCUUCCUUGGGGCCAACAUGCCUCAUGCGUACAUCAACGGAAACAUCAUCGAGUGCAUGGCCACAAGCGACAACGUCGUCCGCGCGGGCCUGACGCCCAAGCUCCGCGACGUCGACACGCUGGUCUCGAUGCUGACAUACGAGGCCGGCCCCUCGACGGCGCAGCUCCUCAAGCCGCAGGAGUGGCACCACGACCCCAGCACGCUCCUGUACGACCCGCCGAUCGCCGAGUUCUCCGUCCUGCGCACGCAUCUCGCCAAGGACGAGGUCACGACGCACGCCGCGGUGCAGGGACCGAGUAUUGCUGUCGUCACGAAUGGCGGUGCGCAGCUCUCUUGGACGCCUGGAGAGGUCGACGGCGACGUCCAGGUCACCAAAGGCGAUGUCCUCUUCCUCGGCGCCGGGCAGGAGGUCAAGAUCCAGGCGCUGCAGGAUGUGGAGAUCUUCCGCGCUUUUGUCGAGGCGUGA